AUGUAUAUCUAUGUUAACAAAGAGAACAUGAAAGUUGUGGGCUAUGCAGCUGGAAUCAUUGAACCAGCUCAGGCUUAUGCCAAAUUUUCUGGUGCUCCAGUAAAACUGAAUGCUAUUGAUAACUCAUGGAGAGCCCCAAAAGGAGAUGUGCCAGUGUUGAUAUCAGAAAACACUAUAAUUGCCCAGCCAGCAAAGAUACUAAACUUCUUAAGAAAGCAGAAGUACAAUGCUGAUUAUGAACUAUCUGCAAAACAAGGAGCUGAUACACUGGCAUACAUUGCACUACUUGAAGAAAAACUGCUUCCAGCUGUGCUGCACACAUUCUGGAUUGAGGCUGAAAAUUACUGUAGUGUGACAAAGCCAUGGUUUGCUUCAAGGAUACCAUUUCCAUUGAGUUUGUAUCUACCUGGGAAGAUGUCCAGGGAAGCACUUAACAGGAUCCUGCUGACGAGGGGAGAGCCUCCACUAUACAGUCUGAGUGAAGUGGAAGCACUGAUCUACCGAGAUGCCAAAGAGUGCCUAAAUCUUCUGUCAAACAGAUUGGGAACAUCUCAGUUUUUCUUUGGAAAUACGCCUACAACCUUGGAUGCCUUUGUAUUUGGUUUUCUUGCACCUCUUUAUAAAGUGCACUUCCCUAGAGUCCAGUUACAAGAGCAUUUGAAACAGCUUUCCAAUCUGUGUCGCUUCUGUGAUGACAUCUUGAGUGGCUACUUUAGACUUAAUGUUACAGGCUUAUCUCCAUCUGGACAGGAUACAGUAGAUGCAAAUCUGCAGAAACUCACACAGCUUGUAAAUAAGGAAUCCAACUUGAUUGAAAAGAUGGACGAUAACCUUCGUAAGAGUCCUCAACAUCCCCCACGGAAGCUGACAACACUCAAACUUACUGCAACAGGAGAAGAAAACAGUUCAUUGAAUCGUUUGUCACCCUGAAAGCCUGUGUUGCCAUAUAUGUUUGUUUGCCUUCAAAUAAUCUCAACUUCACAGUAAUUCUCUACAUAAAUGUGGUCUGGCAAGGGGAAGAAUUCCCUAAUAUCAUAUAAAACAUCCCAUUUGUCUGUAUUCCUAUAGGAAAAUGUAUAGCCCAAUUUGACCACACACUAAGUUGAAGAUAGAGUGAAUUUUUAAACAAUGUACUGUAUGAAAUUGCCUUAACGUCUGCAGAUUUUUGCCUUUUGGCACAUUUGUUGACUUAGAAUUCAUUUUACUUUUAAGAUUUUUGGUUUUAUUGUAACCAUGUUAUAGCUUGACCAGAUUGCUAUACAGUAGUGUAGCUACUCAGUCAUCACUUCUAGCAUUUUUCUAGAUUUUAGCAGAUUACCAAAUUCAGUUCUAAAAUGAGGAAAUAAUGAACGAUUGUCUUUGACAGCAGACAAGAACUGAAAAGCAAUGAGGGAUGUUUGCCAUUUUUUAAUGCGCUUUCACAAAUAAUGUAUUGUGUAUAUCUUAUAUUUAAGAGUGUGUAUAUUUUGAGUCACAUUGCAUUGGUAGGAAGCACAGUGACCAAAUAUACUAGAACAUCACCUCUGAACCUCUGUUGAGAUCUGGUCUUAGUCAAACAAGUUUCUUGAGCCUACUGGAUAGCCAGGCUACAGAAUCACAGCACAAAGUACAGUAGAAAGAUUGGAAGUGUUGGUUCAGUAAAAGCAAAAGACCAGACUACCUGGUCUGGACUUAAGUUCAUUGGUUAGGGUUGUGUGAAGAGGCUUGCAGGCCUUUCUACAACAGGCCAGUCUCUAACCUGUCAUCAGUGUCUCACUUUUCAUAAGCACUAUAAUUCACCCUAAAACUAAAGCCAUUUAAUCUUAUUCUUUGACUAUCAAGUCCUUGUGAAUGUCACACUGGAAACAGAUUUUUCAGAAUAUAUUCUUUAUUGAUUUGUUAAAGGAGAUAUGUGAAAUUAUGUUCCCUCUUAGCAGCACAGUCAUUUACAGAAAUCCAGAUAAUUCUGAAAUUUUGAUCUGUCAAAGAUGCUUUAUUAAUGAUAUCAGAUUACUGAAGAUGCUCAGCCAAAAUGCAAACUCUUUUCAUCAAGUGUUAAUUCAAGAUUUAGUGUAAGAGAAUGAUGAUUUAGAUGGGUAUAUGUGCAAGAUUACUACUAACUUCAUUUGCCAAGUCCAACUAAGAAGUCUCAACAUUUUUCCUCUCAAUUUUUGCCAUGUUCAGUAUAUGUAGAUAAACUAUUUAUACAGACAAGUCUGUGGAUUGUGUAAAUACUGUAAUUUUAGAAUAUUACUUUAUCAGCAAGGAAUGUAAUCUUAACUUUAAUAUAUCUUAUUUAUAAAUAAAAUGCUGAAUUUCCAAUGGAUAUAUGGAAAUAAUCUUUGUUACAUGUUACUUCUAAAAUGUUUGUUUUAGCAAUUUGAGACAUACUGAAACCACACACAAUAAUUGAAUAAGAUAACUUUCAUGUACGUCCCCAGGAUUGUCAAAUGUUUUGAAAAUUUUUACUGUCUGCAUCUUGACAAGGGAUUUAGAAUGUGAUCAUGUUGCAUAGUUUCUCCAAAGUUCUUUCAUAAUCUAACAAGCAUGUAAUUGAGAAGAAAAGUAUAACUUGGUUAGUUUAUUUUCUGAAUACGUGCUUGCCCUUUAAAACCUUAUUUUGUAAAAUAGUUGCAUUCUUGCACUGAAAUUAAAGGAGUUUUUGAAGCACAUCUUAUCCAGAACUAAAAGUUUGUAUUUGAGGCUAAGUUUCUUAUGGAGGUGUUUGAAUAUAUGAAGCACUUCUACAGAAUGAUGAAAGGGAAGCUUAAUUAUCACUUGGGUAGAAUAAGGAGGACCAAGAGGUGGAUUUGUAUAUUACAUCAUAGAUUGUUUAAAUUUAAAUAAUCUUUUUCGAAUAACUUAAUUUUUAUAUUAAAUAUUUUAUAAAGGCUCCUCCAAUCUAAUUAAAUGAGUACUAUUUUGUUGUUGGCCAGACUACAAUCAAGCCCCAUUUAGUCUUAAUCUAUCAGUUAGUUAAUAUUAAGUGAUUUUAUUUAGUCGCUACUCUCAUUCCAGUCAGUGGAUAUAUCAUUGUUAAAUCUUUUGUGCAGUCCAAUAUUUAAGCAAUGUAACUCUCAUGUAAAAAUAUGCUUCUUUAUGUGGAAAUCUUAACCUCUGGUCUCAAGACAGAUACCGGAUUAUGUGUGUGCUAUACUCCAGUGAUGAGCAGUUUGCUGAAUCAGUUGUGUCAUUUAGUGAUUGUCUCAGGCUCAGUCUGAGAAUGAAAAUGAGUAGGCCUAUCAAGUCAGCAUGCAGUUUUGUGUGAGCUAAGGUAUAUGGUUUGGUGUGGAUGUCAAAUGUUUAAAUAUAGUUUGUACAUGUAAGUCCUUUCAAAAAAAAAAAUAAAGCAAACUUUCCUGUAACUAACUUUAUUUUAGUUGCAGGGACAUUUUUAAUAGCAUAAAGAAUAAAAUUAGAAGUAUAAAGAAUGCGCUGCAGUAAAUGUGCUCUGUUUUUUC